AUAGCCAAAGAAAUAUUGAAAAUAGUGAAAAGAAAAGUUGUGCGGAUUAUUUGAAACUGAUAAAGCGCAAAGAGUGACGUGUAGUGCCCUCUAUGUAUGCUGUUGAGAAAGGGUAGGUAACUGGUGGCUUCGUUGCUGAUAAUUUACCAUUUCAUUGUGACAGUCGGCGGCGAUACUGUCAUGAUGAUCAGUGUCGUCGUUAAAUAUAACAAGGAAUAAGAAAUUGCAAACUAAAGAAGGAUCUGUUUAACCGAACCAAUUGCAAAUAUAUAAUAAUAACGAAGUGGAUUUCUUGACAUGGAAAAAUAUGCUUUGUCAGAGAGAAAUAGAUAUAUAUUUUUUUUAUAUAUAGGUGCUAUCUGAUAUAAGUUUUCGUUUUUGCUCAACAUCUUUGUUUUCACUUUUAAUGUUUCUAUAGAUUCUUUGUACGAUCUCUCUCUUUUCCUUUCUCUCUCUCCCUCCUCUCUCUCUCUCUCUCUCUCUUUACGUACAAUAAUACCGCUGCAUGACACGCGCACUUUCAUUCAGAAAAUACACGAACAAAACUAUUUUACGCUAUCAUGAAUCAGGUUAUAUCACAUUCCCUAAACAUUUGGAAAGCAACUCUGAACUACAGUGUAACUAAGUUGAAACGGACACCUACCUCGCUUCUGCGUUGAAGACUGGAAUAAUUGAUGUCGACUUCUCAUCAAGGAUUUACUAUCUCUUUAUCUUUCUCGUCCAUUAUUGUUAGACUUGGACAAAACUAUUCCGGCAUUGAUGCUUUUCCAGCUGGACAAUACUCUCUUGGUCGAAGAUGGUCAACAUUCGGUGAGUGUUGUCGCACAAGAAUUGACACAGCGUCAGCUAGUUAACAUAACAAGCCUCAAUGGGUCUUCGGCUUCUUCGUUUCUAUUGUUUUCUAGAAUCCCGUCCCGUGCCAAUAACACCCGGCACUCACACCAAGUGCCUGCCUCAACCCGUCUUCCAUCUGACACUACAGAAGCGAAACUACUCAUGGAUGUACGAUGUUCCCCGGGAGAUUUACUUGGACCACUGGGUCUCUUCGUGCAAGCCUUACUGGCUUUCCUUGCUUUCACCACACUCAUAGCCAAAAGAUUUUGUGAGCCUAAGCAUGAGAGACGGCCAUGGAAAAUAUGGUUCUACGAUACUUCUAAACAAGCAAUUGGUGCUGCUGUAAUUCACUUUGCUAAUGUCUUUCUUGCUGAUAUGUUUCAAGGAGACCCUUGUACAUGGUAUUUUGUUAGUUUUUUGCUUGACUCCACAGUGGGUUUACUUGUGAUAUACAUAGGGCUUAAAAUUGGCCAAUGGCUUGCUCUUCGGAAAGGAUGGGAGAGUUUACGUUUUGGAGAAUAUGGAAGACCACCGCAAUGCAAUGCUUGGAUAGGUCAGUGUGGUCUCUACAUUCUAGUUAUGAUCAUUGAGAAAAUACUAAUGACAUUACUAGUACUAUGCCAUUUUUGGGUAAAGGUGCGAAAAUUUAUUUUAGCCCCAGUGAAGAAUGCUAACUUGGAGAUUGUGAUAGUAAUGUUUAUGGUUCCCUUAUUUGUGAAUGCUCUUAUAUUUUGGGUGGUAGAUAAUUUUUUAAAACGCCAAAUCCGAGAAACGAAAACCCUUUCAAUAAACAGCAACGAUGUAUCAGUGAAGUAUUUCCGAAACAACGACCGCUUGAAGUAUUACAACCAUUUAGAAAAGCCAGAAGACUUUGAAGCUAACAUGUUACUAAUGGAGGAUGAAGAGAUCAACACAUCAGCUGUUGGGAUUGGUAACAACAAUACAACUAAUCUUUUACUGGACUGACAAAA